AUGAAGCUGCCCAAAGAAGUCUACCUAGAUCCGGACGCGUAUUCGGUUAUUUCUGAUAACAACCUGAUCUUCUGCAGGAUCUUGGAGUUGGAGAGUGCUCUAGAGGAUGAAGGUCUCCUUGACCAGCGGAGACUACGACAAAUCUGUAAGCUCAAGAUCCUACCGGAACACCUGCGGCCUCAGGUCUGGAAGAUAAGUCUCGGAGUCGCCAACUUUCGUAAACAUGAGGCUCCCUGGGAUGAAAUGUAUGAUCUCCAAGAACAAUCUCUGAUUCGCCAAGAUUGCCAGAAACUCGUCGAGAAACUCGGGAACGAAGGAGCCGAGAAAUUGUCUGUAUUGUGUGACCUGGAAUCAGUCGUCACUCGUUUCGUGAAGCAAAGCCAGCUCCGAUACGAAAGCCAAAAUGGAUGGAUGGCGAUCCUGGAGCCGCUGGUGGCACUCCGGCUCAACAAAGAAGAUCUCUUCGCCGCUUUCCACAAUAUGGUACAUCGAUUCGUACCAAGGAGCUGUUUCAAAAGCGGGGACACACCUUUCGGAAGUGCGGCGUUCCAUCUUAUGCGAUUGCUCCUCCAAUACCAUGACCCAGAGAUCUGCUCGUUUCUCGAGAGUAAAAAAGUCUUCCCGGAACGCUACUGCAACAAGUGGCUGGCGACAGUGUUCAGUGAAUGCUGUGACUUGGCCGUUACUCAGGCAAUCUGGGACGUGUACCUGCAAAUAUGCGAUCCGUUCCUCUCGUUCUACCUAGCUCUUGUGCUCCUCGUGAAUUUGAGGGAUCAGAUACUGCCUUCCAAAGGCGACUCGCGAGAGAAGAUCAUUGAGUCGAUUUCAUGCGCACCGUGCGGCCUGAAUGCAGAUGACGUAGAGGAUUUCUGCCAGCUGGCCCACUUCUACUCGACCAAGACGCCCCCGUCGAUAUACGCCACAUUCCGUUAUGCUCUAUUCGGGAUUCGGUCGCAUUCGAACGUGAGUCCCGAGCCGAGGCACACUCCAACGGAAGACGAGACGACGUCGGCGAGUCUUGCUCAAGUGUUGUGCUUGCCAAUACCUCCAUCGGAUCUGCUGCUGACGGAAACGCAACGAAUGACACUUCCCUACCGGUCCCUCGUGAAGUACUUCGUUGUCGAUUGCCGUCCUGCAGAGCAAUACAAUGCGGGACACCUGAGAACGGCCUUCCAUCUGGACGCCAGCCUCAUGCUGACGGAGCCAGCAACUUACACAGUCGCCGUUCAGGGUCUCUUCGCCGCUCAGAAACACAUGGUUGAGGCGGGUGUUGCUGGCGAACACAUUUGUUUCAUGGGCAGUGGGCGAGAGGAAGAGGACCAAUACGUAAACAUGGUGAUCGCUUCAUUCCUCAAAAACCAAGUCACGUACAUAUCAGCUGUCAAAGGUGGUUAUGCCGCCCUCCACGACCUGAUCAGCGAAGAAUCGUCGCUAGAGGAGCACCUGAUCGACCAUAAUCCCCAGCAAUGCAUAGUUUGCGUACAGAACACGUCGACAGUCACCAGCGACUCGGAAGAGUGUCGGGAGAGUACUUCAUUCUUUUCUAGGCUGAAGAGUAACUCCGGACUCCUAGGCAAGUUGAAAACGUCCGCUCAAGACUGGAAAGAAGACCUGAAGGGGCUGAUGAAGACCAGUCCGUCAUCGAACGGUGGACCCAUCAACCCAGACAGACAUGUUUCCAGUGGAGAUAAGCUGGGCAAACGCUAUCGAGCCGCUGACUCGAUGUUCACAGCGACGUCUAUCGACGAUGACGACUUCUUUGAUGACGGGAACAUUGGUGAUCCUGCGGUAGGACAAGAGGAGGUGUGUGUUGACACGUGGCGCAACAAACCCGAAGUGCUGGCCUACUACGAGUGUGAAGAGCUGAAGCCCGGCUCGAAAACCCUUUGCCCCAACUGUCACUUAAUCGUGACGAAGACGCAUUUAUUUGUUCUGCGCGAGUUAUCCUCGAAGAAGAACUACGCCCACAUUGUAGCGCGCCGACCUCUGGUUUCAAUCGUCAAGAUCACCUCAAAGAAGAGUCAUCCUGAGUUGAUAACGUUCAAAUAUGGAUACUGUCCCUCCGAUAGCGACGACGGCGGAAAGACAUUCCAAAUCACCGGCAGCGACGUGCUGUUCAUACCGCGGGCCUCUGACGCUAUAAAGCUCGUCAAGACUCAGGUCAUGAACUUGAUCGAUGAAAUCGAGAAUAGCAAAUAGAGUCCCGAAACCUUCUGUCGUUCACCAUUGGCGUCGAAUGUUGUUGUUGUAAAGCUUGUAUCUCACCUCGCCACAUGAUAGUAUUGCUGU